CAAAAAGUAGUUCUUCUCCCCUCCUCCUCCUCUCCUUUUUUCGCUAAUCCCGCCUCCUCCUCAGAGUUAGGAAGACUCGUUGAUGCGUUUGGGUUGUAGCAAGGCUUUUUCUUUUCUCUCUCUUUCUUUUUUAAUAUUCAGAAAAGGAAAAACAAGAACCUUCGGAUUUGAUUUUUCGCUCGUCGUUCUUGUUCUUGGUUGUAACUGUGUUGGUGUGUUUUAACGGCGAGAAAACGAAGAGAACAAAACCCGCCGGAGCCCUCCAUCACUGUGGGUGGUUUUAAUUUUUCGUUUUCCUGUGAAUUUUUUUUUUUAAAUAACAACCACUCUUCACAAUGAACAAACUGUAUAUCGGAAACCUCAGCGAGAAUGCGGUCCCUUCGGACCUGGAAAGUAUCUUCAAGGACGCCAAGAUCCCGGUGUCGGGACCCUUCCUGGUGAAGACUGGUUACGCGUUCGUGGACUGUCCGGACGAAAGCUGGGCCCUUAAGGCCAUCGAGGCGCUUUCAGGUAAAGUGGAACUGCACGGGAAAUUUAUGGAAGUUGAGCACUCAGUCCCAAAAAGACAAAGGAUCCGGAAACUUCAGAUAAGGAAUAUUCCGCCUCACUUACAGUGGGAGGUGCUGGAUAGUUUACUAGUCCAGUAUGGAGUGGUGGAAAGCUGUGAGCAAGUGAACACUGACUCGGAAACUGCAGUCGUAAAUGUAACCUAUUCCAGUAAGGACCAAGCUAGACAAGCUUUAGACAAACUAAACGGAUUCCAGUUGGAGAGCUUCACAUUGAAAGUGGCCUACAUCCCUGAUGAAAUGGCUGCCCAGCAGAACCCCUCACAGCAGCCCCGGGGUCGUCGUGGGUUUGGGCAGAGGGGCUCAUCGAGGCAGGGAUCUCCAGGAUCCAUCUCCAAGCAGAAACCGUGUGACUUGCCUCUGCGCCUGCUGGUCCCUACCCAAUUUGUUGGAGCCAUCAUAGGAAAAGAAGGUGCCACCAUUCGGAACAUUACCAAACAGACUCAGUCAAAAAUCGAUGUCCAUCGUAAAGAGAAUGCAGGUGCUGCUGAGAAGUCCAUUACUAUCCUCUCUACCCCUGAAGGGACCUCUGCGGCUUGUAAAUCUAUUCUGGAGAUUAUGCAUAAGGAAGCUCAAGAUAUAAAAUUCACAGAAGAGAUUCCCUUGAAGAUUUUAGCCCAUAAUAACUUUGUAGGCCGUCUUAUUGGUAAGGAAGGAAGAAAUCUUAAAAAAAUUGAGCAAGACACUGACACUAAAAUCACGAUAUCUCCAUUGCAGGAAUUGACGCUGUAUAAUCCAGAGCGCACCAUUACAGUUAAAGGCAACGUUGAAACAUGUGCCAAAGCUGAGGAAGAGAUCAUGAAGAAAAUCAGGGAGUCUUAUGAAAAUGAUAUUGCUUCUAUGAAUCUUCAAGCACAUUUAAUUCCUGGAUUAAAUCUGAAUGCCUUGGGUCUGUUCCCACCCACUUCAGGGAUGCCACCUCCCACCUCAGGGCCCCCUUCAGCUAUGACUCCUCCUUACCCACAGUUUGAGCAAUCAGAAACGGAGACUGUUCACCUGUUUAUCCCAGCCCUGUCUGUUGGCGCCAUUAUCGGCAAGCAGGGGCAGCACAUCAAGCAGCUUUCUCGAUUUGCAGGAGCUUCUAUUAAGAUUGCUCCAGCUGAAGCACCAGAUGCUAAAGUGAGGAUGGUGAUUAUCACCGGGCCACCAGAGGCUCAGUUCAAGGCUCAGGGAAGAAUUUAUGGAAAAAUUAAAGAAGAAAACUUUGUUAGUCCUAAAGAAGAGGUGAAACUUGAAGCUCAUAUCAGAGUGCCAUCCUUUGCUGCUGGCAGAGUUAUUGGAAAAGGAGGCAAAACGGUGAAUGAGCUCCAGAAUUUGUCAAGUGCAGAAGUAGUUGUCCCUCGUGACCAGACACCUGAUGAGAAUGACCAAGUAGUUGUCAAGAUAACUGGUCACUUCUAUGCUUGCCAGGUUGCCCAGAGAAAAAUUCAGGAAAUUUUGACUCAGGUAAAGCAGCAUCAACAGCAGAAAGCUCUGCAAAGUGGACCACCUCAGUCAAGACGGAAAUAA